GCUGCCUGGUCUGAUUUACGGAUUUGUGUUUGUGUUUGACUGAGCAUGGCGACAUAGACCUAACUGUCUUCUUAAAUGUCGGGGAGAUUAUGAAGUGUCAGUUAUGAAACACAACCCAGCCGCGAUCAUGCUAGUGACAGUACAAGUGGGAACCAUUUAUGAAGGUCAUCCGAAAGCUGCUCGCGUCCCUCCGGAGGUGCCCAUCGUACGUCGCGGCUCUCAUUGGUCAGUUGUAAGUGUUACUCCGUCCACUGCGUUCAUCCACGUGCCGCACCAUCUUUUCACACUGCGCCAUAAAAAUGGGUUUUCUGUGGAUUUGAGGAACGGACUUCAUCCUCGACUCCCAGAGGGAAUGAGGGAUACUGCGUACCGACUUCGCAACUUUUCUGGUGUGGUUACUCGAAGGAAGAGGUCACUUGAGCUUCCCGCUGCUCGUUGUUCCACAAGAAAGCGGCUCAGGCGGUCCGAUUCUGCUUCUUCUCAAAAGGAAAAUCAUGUUCCUCUCUCUGCUAGGCGCCCUAGCAUAUCCGAUAAGGUACGACUCAAUCCACUGCGGAACAUCAGUCCUUUAAACGCAGUCUCUGAGCAUUCACUUACUUCAACCCCAGCUGCAAAACCAAUCACUGCAUUUCUGUCGAGGCUUUCUACGCCAAAGAUCAAUGGAUUCCGCCUCACUCGUUCUUUUAGUUCUCGGGAAAUACCGAUCAUACAACCCCGAAGAACCCUUAGAAGUACGAGACGUAGCGAUCAGGCAACUCCACAAGCCGAACUACGUAUCGAGCUUGAGCGCGUACCUGUUCACAACCGCCCUGUUCUUCGUUCGGACACGGCCGAUUCAUCCGCUUGUAGUUCACUUGAGAGCUCUCCCACUGAGAUACCUACAAUGGCCAGCUCUUUGUUAUCCUGGUUUUCACCACGCCGCUUCAAUUUGACUGGUAAAGAUCGAGCUGCAAAAUUGAAGCGGCUCAACACGCGAAAAAUCGAGUUCGAUCUGCAGGAGCUGAAUCAAUCCAUCGAUCCAGAAUCGUCUCAGUUGUCCUCGAAGUCUCUUCUGGUGAGUAAUACGCUUAACCUGUUUAAUGCUCUCUUAGGUUCCCUUAAUGUUGCCUGGUUAGAUCGUUCACGCUUUAUGUUGUUAACAGUUUAA